AUGGAGAAAACGAGGUACAAGAAGCUAUCUGGAAGUCAAAACCUAAGACAACAGCUUGUGUUGUCUACACUCACCUUCACGCACAUUCAAAUUCCCGACAUACGAACCAACGAGACAUGGCCUGGUCUCCGCAAGUACGAGGUCUCCCUCGUCAAGUUGCUCGCUUUGGUCUGCCAUGGCUGUUCUUUCGAAAUCAACGACACUGGCACUGUAUUUAAGUUCAAGCCAAGGAUAGUGAUGGGUCGGUUGACACUGGAACACGACUAUGGUUUUGAGCGGUCUAUUGGGUAUUUCUUGGAGCCCUUGAUUUUGCUUGGCCUCUUUGCUAAGAAACCCAUUACCAUUACGGUUAAAGGAUUUACAAAUGAUUCGAAGGACCCAUCUAUUGAUACCUUCCGGUCUACUACCUUUCCCAUUUUAAAAUGCUUUGGAGUUCCCUCAGAAGGAUUGGAGCUGGAAAUAAAGAGUCGUGGAUGCGCUCCUAAAGGCGGUGGUGAAGUCGUUGGGGCAAUCCCAGUUGUUCAAAGUCUGACUGGAGUAACAUGGACUGAUGAGGGGUUGGUUAAGAGGAUUAGAGGUGUUACAUUCUCAAUGAGAGUGUCCGUGCAGUUUGAAAAUACAAUGGUACAUGCAGCUCAAGGAGUCUUUCACCCCUUCCUUCCAGAUGUUCACAUAUUUACUGACCAUAGAGCUGGCCCACAAGCUGGAGAGUUUAUGCUAUUUAAGUACACUUCCACUCAUAUAGACAACAAUGACUUUAUGGCAGGGGAACACAUAUCUGAAGUUGACUAUGAGAAGAAAGAGCUGGUGCUUCCAAAGGAUGUUGGUUUGAAAAUUGCUUCUGUUCUGCUUGGGGAGACACCAGAACUUCACACCAUAAGACAGAAAUUAAGGAAGUGUGCACUAAAACAGGAAAAUGAUUUCUGGAAAUGGAUGAAAUGA